AUGGAAUCCACUUCGGGCGUUACGAGUCAGAGAGGUCAGGAGAAAUUGGCCCACGAUGGCCAUCUCUUUGUCAAAGCAUACGUCCUGAAGAGCGGCUUGCAGUCUUGGCGGUGUAUGUACAAAACCGCACCGAUUCCAUGCAAGGCGAGAGCUUAUACUCUGAUGAGUACGCGGGAAGUUAUCCGCACAAGUGGCAUCCACUCUGAUCCGCCAGAUCCCUCAGGUGUAGAGGUCGCCAAAAUCACCUCGACGAUCAAACGACGUUGCGAAGUGUUCGUAGUUCUGGCCGAGCGAGCUCAGUGCGUUGUGCCCGUCGCCUACGCGUUGCUCCCAGACAAAGCAGCCGAAUCGUACACUCGGAUGCUGAAUCUCUUGAAAGAGGCUUGGCCGGCCCUCUGUCCCGCCAGCGUGGUCAUGGACUACGAGCGGGCCAUGAUGAUUGCGGUCAGGGCUUGCUUCCCGCCCGAAACACGCAUUCAGGGAUGCUUCUUCCACUUGGUGAAGAACAUCAAACUACGCGUAGCUCAGGAAGGUCUUUGGAGUCGCUAUACCAACGAUGACGACUUCGCACUGAAAGCCCGAAUGAUAGCUGCUUUGGCAUUCGUUCCGCCGUCAGAGUUAGAUAAUGCAGUCGCGGAGCUUUCGCCUGUAUUGCCGGAAGAGUUGAUUCCAGUUCUCAACUAUUUCGAGGACAUUUACAUAGGGCGUAUGAACCGGAUCCGAGCCGACGGUACCGUAGACCGGAGAACACCGCAGUUCCCGGUCGAGAUGUGGUCAGUAUACCAGAGAACGCUCGACGGAGAAGCCCGCACGAAUAACUAUGCGGAGGCGGCACAUCGCAGACUCCAGGUUGAAUUCGGGAUACAGCAUCCGACAAUUUGGAAGUUCAUCGACGGGCUUAAGAAAGUCCAAAAAGGCCGUGACCUACAAGUCGAAUCAUUCGUAGCCGGCGGUGCUCCUCCAACAAAAAGGACCAAGUACGUUCGUGCAGACGAGCGAAUCCUGGGAGUGGUCGAGCGUGCCGAACAUCUACAGCAUGUAGAAUACCUCCGAGGCAUAGCUCACAAUUUCCUCAUGGACGCGUAG